AUGUCGGCUAUGAUUGAGUUUCCACCAUCGGCGAAGCCUUUACCCACAAACCUCACCUCCCCGCCAUAUGUGAUAUUUGGUAUCCUCAAUGAAGAUGUAUCUUCCAGGUUGCCUGAAGAUAUCCCGUUGGCUCUAGUACUUCACUAUGCACCCAAACUCGAAAAAUGGAUCCUCCCACCUCGACCGCACGCCGAACUCCCGUACAAAAUAGCUUGCGCUGCAAUUCUGAAACCGCGUAUCGGAAUCAACAUCACAGAACCGAUCAGCAUCCGAGCGCUGAGCUACCUCGUAAACCGAAUGCUCGAAAAGGUCGGCCUAUUUCGCCAGAUUGAUGCAUAUAGCAUACGCCCUCACCUUCUCAUGGGUUGCGAAAUCUUCCACGCCUGGAACACACUGGAGCUUCCGUCGCCAGGUAUAGAGCCUCUUAUUUCCCAUAUGCUUGGGCGUCUUAUGCUGGGGUCUGCGGUCGAUCUGCUCGAGUGCCAGACAAUCUGGCAUAUAUUUCCAUCUAAUUCACCAGUCAUUCGCGAGCUGGUUCAGAAUUAUCAGCGAGGCCACGAUGAGUUUGCGUAUGGGAUGAGUGAAUAUGGGAGGAUACAUAAAUGGAUAAGUCUAGAUCCAGAUCGAAUGAAGGCUUUCGGUGUGGUGCAUCAAAACACACGGGUGGUGCUCCACAGACCGUUGGAAGGAUCCUCAGUCAUGGCAGAUGGGAAACUCGUGGGAUUAGGUGCAACAGGUUCGAUGGAAAAGCGAACAGUCGGUGAGAUCCUGGAACGCAAUAAGACGCUAAAAGUCACGAUGGGGGAAAGGAAGGAGCGUCAUAGGCGUGAUUCGGUUUCUCUACAGUCAAGGCUUAGUCGACUGAGGACUGCAAACUCACGUCUGUUAGGAGAUCAAGAUCAUAUCAAUCCCUAUAGCUCGAAAGAAGUCAGAUCCUGCGGAUCGUCAAGUGCGGGGAGCUCUCAGUCCAUUGAUGCCGAACGUAAACGUCUGUUGACGAGAAGCUCAUAUGGAAGUGAACGCAUAUCGAAAGCUGUCGAUGCUGUUGACUUAUCGGAAGCUUUGAAGAGAUUCAAAAUGAGCGAAGACCAGUAGAAAUGUACAUUAUUAUACCAUGGAGCGAGAAUCCUCACUUGAUUGGUGCUAAGAUCUCAGUGCCAUCUGUUCACAUGGCUUUUUGCUUAAACGCCAUUCUUUGAUCUCUGUUGAUCGCAAC